AUGGAAAAAUUAAAGGAGGAAUCACAAAGAAAUAGAGAAGAGGCUAUUAAAGAGAGUCAACAGCUAUCAGAUGAAUUUAAUGCUCAAAAAAUUCAAGUUAAUCAAUUGUAUUAUAGUAUUGACAGUUUAAAGAAACAACUUAAUAAUGCAAUCAAAUCAAUUCAACAACAACUUAUAGAACAAACACCAAAAUAUGAACAACAAAAAAAACUUCAAGAUGAUAUCAACAAAAGAAGAAUGGAGGUUGACAAGAGAAUCAAAGUUGAGCUCAAACAGAGUAUUGAUAAAGCACUUCAAAUAUCAGAUCGUGUUGAAGUUCCCGAGAAAGAAAAUCAAACAUCACUUACAAAUAAAAUUAUAGGUUUUAAAAAAGAAUUAGAACGACAAUCACAAGGUAAGCGUUCAAGACAAGAGGCUCUCUCUUUAUUCACCGAAAAUAAUACCAAACUCAAAGAAAUCUGUGAACAAAAAGCCAACAUUGAACAAUUAGCUAAGUUAUUAGAAAGAAAUCUAAAUACACGUUAUAUUCAAUGGCAACGUUUCCGUCUCAGUAUCUCACGUCGUUCCAAUCAAUUUUUCAAUAUUUUCCUUUCUAAAAAAGGUUACACUGGCACACUCACAUUCAAUCAUAAAGAGGGUAAACUCGAUAUCAAUGUUAAUCUCGAUAAAAAACUAAAUGGUAAUGCUGCCAAGCCUGAAGAUGCCAAGGGUGGUGAUACUAAAGGUUUAUCUGGUGGUGAAAGAUCAUUCUCAACUGUUUCGUUAUUAUUGGCUCUAUGGGAAAAUAUGGAAUGUCCAUUUAGAGCUAUGGAUGAAUUCGAUGUUUUUAUGGAUGAAGUUAAUCGUUCAAUUUCAAUUAAACUUUUAAUUAGUAAAGCCGAAGAGAAUAAAUCAAAACAAUAUAUUUUUGUUACACCACUUGCUUUAAAUCAUUUAACAUCAAGCGCCAAUAUCCGUAUCCAUAAAGUUAAUCCUCCAAUUAGAGGUCAAGCUACUAUUACCGAAUCAUCAACUAUUGUACCAAUUACAAAUUAA